AUGAAGCUGGCAUUCCUCUUCCUUGGCCCCAUGGUCCUCCUCCUCCUGGCUGGCUGUGGCUGUGUCCUCAGCUCGUCCAGCAGCAACCUGCGCACUUUUGUGGGCUGUGCCGUGAGGGAGUUCACCUUCCUGGCCAAGAAGCCGGGCUGCAGGGGCCUUCGGAUCACCACAGAUGCCUGCUGGGGCCGCUGUGAGACCUGGGAGAAACCCAUUCUGGAACCCCCGUACAUUGAAGCCCAUCACCGAGUGUGUACCUACAACGAGACCAGACAGGUGACUGUCAAGCUGCCUGGCUGCGCCCCUGGCAUCGACCCGUUCUACACCUACCCCGUGGCUGUUCGCUGUGACUGCGGAGCCUGCUCCACUGCCACCACGGAGUGCGAGACCAUGUGA